ACUCUAAACUCUUUCGGCUACGACGACGAAUGUUAUUAGUAGCACAUUCAUAAUAAAAUUAGAAUUUUUUUUAUUUUAAUCUAAUAUUUGUUUGAAACUUCUACAUUCGAAACAUCGAUAGAAUAGUAAAUUUUUUUUAUCGAUAAUGACACAUACUGUUGUAAUAUCUUCCAGCACUAUGCAAUUCUUCACGCUUGGAUGUUUUGAAUCAUGAAAUUUUGAAUGUGAGGGCUUUAAAAUUACAUAUGUGGAAAAAACAGAAUAAGAGAAAUUAAAUAAGGUUUUUAAGUUUUAAUAAUUAUUCAUAGUGUAAGAAAAUGUCCAACAAAUGCUUUGGUGAUGAUGCCAUUAUAGAAGAAAUUCCCAUAUUUUUGUCCAAAAAUCUUCAGGAAAAUCUAUAUCUUUUCCAGUAUCCGACCAAAACACAGAUAAGCAACUUUGAUAAUUCAGCUGUAGUUAACUGCUGUGUAAAGCCAUUGAACCAAGAAGUCAAAGUUGAUUUUGCAUUAAACACAGAAUCGCAUUUUUAUGACCGUUUUAAAGGAGAGAAAUUCGCUUUGGCUUCUGACGGAAAAUGUCAAACAAAAGGAGAACGUCCGACUUAUAAACGCGGAGUCAUGGAUAAGCAAGCUUUCACAAGUACACGUUCGUUGGAUGAUGUGGACAAAUAUGUAGUUGGUAUCCUUUCGGAUAAGGAAUUGCAUUUGACACCCUUGGCUAAUAUACUGCAGUUACGUCCUUCAUUAUCUCAUUUUGACAAAGAGGACAAACGAUUGAAGGCAGAACAAAAGGCCCUCAAUGAUGAAGAUGAUGAGGAAGAAUUACAACAAGUGACCGUAAAAUUCGCGAAAUCUGGCGUAGGAAAUAAAAAGUCGAAAGCUAAGGAAAAACAAGGAUAUGCAAGUUUUAUAAAACGAAGCAGUGAAGAAUCGUGGUGUGAGACAUAUUGGCACCCGCGAAAGUCCCCCACGGCAGAACUUGAAAGACAAAAGUUAUUUGCAACAAAUCAGCAGAUUAACUUGGCAUUAGAAUUGGACUUUCAAAAGUAUGUGAAGAAACUUCUACCUAAGGAUGGCAAGGACCAGGGCAUAGAUGCCGUACUUCCACCUAAGGUUAUUAGCAAAACUCGACUAAAGUCAAUGUGUCUAGUUGAUCAACUUAAAGUAAUUCUGAAAGAUGUGCGAAUGAUGAGUUAUGAGGAUAUAUACUCUAUACUUCAGGAUUGCAAUGAUUGCAGUAUAUCUUGUGAAAAAGUUCUUCGCGCUUUACCCCAAGUUGGAGUUCUGAUCCAUGGCAAUUGGGUACCCCAGUCCGAUAUAAUUUAUCCUACAGAUACAUUAUCCAACUCAAACGGUGUUUCUUCAGAGCUAAUGAUACGAGCACGAGAUUACGUGCUUUUCAGAUUUUCUCGUGUCAAGUAUCUAUAUCGUCGUCAGGUAAUAACGGCGACACAACUCCCACCUGACGAAGCUGCUGAGGUUCUACAAUCCGUUGCUCGUCUUAAUUCUGAAAAAAAGUGGGAAUUACUGUUGUCUCCCAACAAAGAGUUUGAACAGAGAUACCCAGAACUUAUUCAAAGACAGGAGAUGGUUUGGCGAGCUACUGAACAAACAUAUAAUGAAAUGGAUUUUGAGAAAUCACCCAAGCGUUCACGAAAACGGUCAAUUCGGGAAAACAAAUUGCAACCUGCGCAAAUGCCUCAAACAGAAGCAUCAUAAAAAUAUAUAUACUGUAUUUAAGAAGAAAUAAAACAUUUUCUUAAUUCUUUUUUAACACAGCAUUGAUA